AUGCUUUAUUCGCUGAUGCUUUCGUCCCGGUACAAGCAGCCCAUUGUUGAAGGUUCUUUGUUAUAUCUAAAGGAUGGGAUCACUCGUACCGUAAAACCACGGGCCAUGGAAAUGAAGGGUAUAAUUGCUCAGCGGAAUCGCUUGGCAGCAUACCUUUCAAAGUUGAAGCCGGAUUUCCUACCAGCACCGAAAGAUGACCCUAAGUUCUGCGACAAGUGUGACCAUGCUUUAGUAUGCUCAUAUUACCAG